AACCAAUAGUCAAUAGCAGUUGACAUCAAACAACACUCAGCAACUUGUUCGACAAUACAAAAUGAUCGCAAAAAUCGUAAUAAUCGGCGUCUUCAUAAGCGCCGCUAAGGCCGGUCUUUACCAUGGUCACGGUCAAGCCGUCUCCUCCCAGAGCAUCAUACGUCACGACGGAGGCUACGCUCCCUCAGCUCAUUACGCUCCUGAUACCUAUGUUGUUCCUCUCGAACAAUACGCCACACCUCUGGAAUACGCCGGCCAAUAUGACAGUCACGAUGAAUACGCGCACCCCAAGUACGACUUCGCGUACUCAGUAGCUGACCCCCACACCGGCGACCACAAGUCCCAGCAUGAGUCCCGCGACGGUGACUCCGUACAUGGCUACUAUUCUCUUGUCCAACCAGAUGGCUCUGUCCGCAAAGUCGAGUACACUGCAGACGACCAUAAUGGAUUUAACGCGGUAGUUCACAACUCAGCCCCGUCUAUCCACCCCUACUAUCACAAUUUAAAAAUGUUCGCUAAGAUUCUUACACUGGCUGCCAUGGUGGCGGCCACCCAGGGCGGUCUCCUUGGCCACGGCCUCGGUCACGGAGAUUACAGCAUCUCAUCUCAACACAAUUUGGUGCACCAUGACGCUCAUUACGCCGCAGCUCCCCUAGCUACCCUUGCUCAUGCCACCCCUCUGGCUUAUGACGGACAUUACGACGCUGGACACCUGUCUCAUGGUGCUACCCUUGCACAUGCCGCCCCCUUAAUUCACGCUGCUCCCGUAGUUCACGCUGCCCCCGUAGCCCACCUUGGAGCUUACUCCGGACACGGUCAUGAAGAUUAUUAUGCUCACCCCAAAUACAAGUACUCUUACUCCGUUGAGGACCCCCACACCGGCGACCACAAGUCUCAACAUGAGGUCCGCGAUGGUGAUGUCGUAAAAGGAGAGUACUCGCUCCUCCAGCCCGAUGGCUCCUUCCGUAAGGUUUCGUACUCUGCUGACGACCAUAGCGGUUUUAACGCGGUCGUACAUAACUCCGGUCCUAGCCACCACGUUUAUUCAUCCCAACACCAUCAUUACUAGAAAAUUGUAAAAGAGGCUUAGAUUUCUACGAUGUACCUUAUAUUUAUUCUUGCUGUGAUCUUCAGAACGUGUUUAUAUCUUUUAGUGAAUAAAAAUUCUUAAAUGU